AUGAACAGUAUAUUGCAAAAGCAGCAUGAAGGCAUGAGUAAUCCUACUAACAUAAUGGUGCACCUACCUGAAAUGUUUGGUACAAAAACAGGGUUUGCUAAGGUGAAAGUAAUCAAUGCUUUUAAGGACCUUAAGCAAAAACUUGGGAAGCCAGUUAAAGAUUACAUGCUGAAACUGAUCUCUUAUCUCAAUAAAGUAGAACUAAAUGGUGUUAAGAUAGAUGUGGAAACGCAAAUAUCAAUGAUUGUUCAUAGCUUGAAAUUGUCAUUUUCACAGUUCAAAUUAGAUUAUGAACUGCACAUUAGGGCUUACACCCUAUGUGAGCUAAUGAAUGAUCUUCAAAAUGUGGAGAAGGUUCUUAAUUUGAAAAAGAAGCCUGAAAGACAAGCUAUUUCCAUUCUAAGCCAAAACCUAAGGGUUAAAAGAAGAUAG